GGAGAUGCGCGUCAGACAGAAGCGAUAGUAGCGGGGUGGGGUGGGGGGGAUCCCUGCCUCGAGCCAUGCACCUGCGGCAGCCCGCUGGUCAGUUUGCCGAAAACGGAGUAACUGCAAGGGUCACGCGCCGCGAAUCUAUCACGUCCGGUCCGUGGUACAUUGUUCUGUCUUAACUCGCUCUUCUUUUAACAAUUUCGGUCAUUAAUUUCAUUCAAGCAGUGCUCCUGUCUUACGAUUGACGAUUGUCUUAAUAUCAGUGCAAGUUUCUAUCGUUUCUUCGAAGAUUGUGUGAACCUUACGAGUUACGACCAAUUUGCACUCGGCAAGGGUGAAGGAUCAAAGAAGACCGCGAACGUAUCCUUCCUGUCUCUCGUCUGAUCGGUUGAAGUUAUUCGUUCUCGCGUUGUGCAAGUGAACUUCUCGCUAACAUUCGUUCAAAGUUUCCGUGGACCGAUUCGAAUUCAACGAGGACCUUUCUCGAAAAUGGAGAUACUCUAGAUUCGGGAGUAUCGAAAACGGCGUGGACAUGGUUUUCCUGUCAUCGGUUGGAGUGAUUUCGUUUCGCACUACGUGGGUGGCCCUCUCUCGAUUUUGUGUCGAAUGUUCUCGUAGACUUUCUUUCGGAUUCGACAAUUUGUUGCCUUCCCAUUCAAAAGAAAACCGCUAAGAUCUAGGUUUCUCUUUCUUGCGAUCCCUAUAUUGUGUUCGGCUGAGAGACGGAGAAUUUGCCUGCUGGUGUUUCGUUCGAGUUGAACCGCGUGGACUUUUGAACCUCCGAGGUCUUCUGAGCCCUUGCUCAAAGGCCAGACAUUUCUAUUUGUCUCGCAUUUUUAUUCCGUCUUUUUCGGUACUCUCGUAAUUCGUCAGAUAUGUGUGAACUUUUAGAGGUGAUUUCGAGGAAUUCAACGAUUCCUUUCGAUGGUCGCGGACAGUUUCGGUUCUCGCGUUUUCGGAUCCGAUUAUACUUGUGUUUUCGCGUCGUGUGAAUUGUGAAACCGUGAUUCAGUGAUAGUGCGUUUUGUGUGUUCCGUUUCUCAUCUAGUGGGACGAUUCUGGUGGUUCUUCUCGGGAAUUGUGUCGAUGAUUUUUCUGGAAUACUCUGCCCAAUUAAGCUAUCCUCCUCGGGUUGGUGAGGCUCUCCGGUCAGUGUAGUUUCAGUGACAGUGUUGUGAGUGCUUUCAGCCUGGCGUCGGGCAAGUGGAUAACCUACUGCUGAAUCGUCUGCAUUGAGCUGCGUACUGCUGAUCUGAUCGAAUCAUCUGCAUUGAGCUGCGUGCUGCUGAUCUGAUCGAACCGAAGAGGAUGCUGGUGCCAUCAGCAGAGCAGCACCUCCUGGCGACGUUCUAAUCCACGCAGCUAACAGCCCACCCGGGAGAUGGCCGGGAAACUCCUGGACUCCCUGCGCCACCUGGGCGACACCCGCCGGGCCCGAAAACCGUGCGACGACAGCCACCUCCAGUACAUCGGGGCCAAGCUCAGCUCCCUGGGGACGAGCACCGGGCACCUGGACCAAUCAGAGUCGACGCGGAACCUCCUGGGUGCCCGCCUCGGCCUCGCCGAAUCCGUCACGGUCAACGAAGUCAAAUCCAACAACAACAAUAACAACAACAACAAUGACGACUGCCCCUGCGCGGACGGGAAAAGUGAUGUUAGUGAUAGUGUAAAUAAUAAUCUGGGUGAUAAUAGUGUUAAAUGCGGGAAGCAUAGUGAUAGUACGCGUAGUUUAGAUAAUAGCAAUUCGGGCGCCGCCAAGCCUCCCGGCAAGAGACCGCCGGGCCCGGGGAGUCAGAGCGCCCUCGCCGUGUCCACGGCGGCCAACAACGAGCUUCAGCAGUAUAAAGGAUUUCUAAAACUUAGCCUGUGUGGACUGAUCUUAAUAGCUUUAUCCUAUGCCAUUUAUAUUAUCAAUCCUGUAGAUGUAAUUAAAGCUCAGAGACUGAGAUUUUUCGAGGGUUCCUUUGCAUACGGUCUGUGGAAAAAACCACCCGUAAAAGUGUACAUAAAUGUAUAUAUUUUUAACGUAACAAAUUCCGAAGAAUUCAAGCGAGGAGAUGCGCAGGAGCUAGAGAUCAAGGAAAUCGGCCCCUACGUAUACUGGGAGGAACUAGAGAAUCAAAAUGUGACAUUUCACGAGAACAAGACGUUAUCCUACACACCGAUGAGGCUCAUCCACUACGAUGCAGAGCUGUCCGUUGGAGACCCUGAUCUUGACUACAUUGUUGUCCCGAACAUUCCUCUUUUGGGUAUAUCGUCCAUGCUGUAUAACUCGUCGAUGUUCAUGAACGUUGGACUGAGGACUCUCGUCACGUAUCUAGACACACAGCCUUUCCGACAGUUGUCCGUUCACGAGUACCUAUGGGGUUACGAUGAGCCCCUCGUCCAGCUGGCCAGCAACAUCUUGCCCAGUUGGAUCAACUUCGCCAAAUUUGGGCUCUUGGAUAGGAUGUUGGACGAAGGAGCAAAUCGAAUCAAUAUGAAUUAUCCAUCACAAGGGCCAACUUCGAAUUCCUUCACCAUACAGGAUUUCAACGGGAACCCUGGUCUUGGACAAUGGGGCCUUGCUAACGCAACUGAAAGCUCUACGUGCGGAUCACUGCAAGGUUCCACCGAGGGAUUAUUGUACCCGCAAUACCUGACCCCCGACCGAACCUUCAACCUCUACCGGAAAGCUUUCUGCCGGACAUUGCCCAUCGAAUUCUAUUCGGAGGGCACCAGCGACCGAGGAGUCAAAGUAUACAAGUACAAGUUCGCCAAAGGGGUCUUCGAUUCUCCUUCGGUCAAUGCCAACAACAAGUGCUACUGCAAGCGAGAUUUCGCCCCUUGUCUACCCUCCGGACUCUCGGACUUGUCUCCUUGCUAUUACAAUAUUCCGGUUGCUGUAUCAUUUCCGCAUUUUUACCAAGCAGAUCCCAUAACCAUGUACAAGCUGAAAGGACUUUACCCAAAUAAGAGCCUACAUGAAUCCAGCAUAACUAUCCAACCGGAAUUGGGAGUGCCAAUCACCGUUGACACGAAAGUUCAAAUCAACUUAGUCAUGCACAACACAAAGUAUAUUCCAAGAGUCAAACUAUUCAACAACAUGACCAUUCCAAUCUUCUGGCUUCACCUUGAAGUAAACGGCUUACCAGACUCCCUGAACAUCCUGAUCGACCUGCUCCUAAUCGUGGCGCCUCCGAUCCAGACAGCCUCCAUCUUAAUCUUCAGUCUUGCCGGAUUGGCCCUCCUUACGGUCGCCUCCGUCGGCUACGUAUUUUCCGCAGGAUUCCUCCGCAACAAGAGCCGCAUGAUCAGCAACAAACCGCCCAUCCUCAACGGGGCCUGGGGCGUCAAGUAUUCGCCAGUCCAUAUCAUUCCCAUAAUCAGGAACGACCAUUUCAUCGCACGCUGCAGAUAGUUCCUCACAUUCGGGCUCAGAAAGACUUUCGAAUCCACAGUGACGUCAUUGAGGGUGUUAGCGGAAGCUUUCCCAGGAAUUCUCGGCUAAAAUCCAACUUCCCGGGAAACUUUGUUGGAAGUAAAACACAUUCUCUUACUUUCAAUCACUCACACAUUAAAAAGUCACCAAAUAGCCUCCUGAGAACGGGCUUAGAAAGACUUUUGGGUCCUUAUGAGGGUUUCAGUGUGACGUCAAUAGGGGUAUCAGCGGAAGCUUUCCCAGGAAUUCCCGACUAAAAUUCACUUUCUCGGGAAACUAUCGGGAGAAAAGCACAUUCGCAUGCCCUUAAUCCAGCACACAUUGUAAAUUCACCGAAUUCGCUGCUGAUAACUUCUCCUAUGUUAUUUCCUGGAAAAAUCCUCGUUCCCUUUCCGGAUAUUUUAUAAUCCCGGAAAAACGGGAAAAAUAAGGAUUUCAUAUCACUAUACAAGUCAUAUUUUAAAUAAUUAAAAACAGUUAAAGCAGUUUGAAACUCACUUGCGCCAAAUUUUAAAAUAAAAAGUAUCUUAAAUUUGUGGCCAAGUUUGUUUUAAGCGAUUUUAAACUUUUUUACAUUUUGCCUGGGAAACCUUGAUCCCUACACGUCACUUGUUGUUAGUACCCGAAAAACAAUAAACAGUUGCUGGGAUAUAGACUGAUUUAGACAUCCAAGUUACAGACAGGCUUAGAGAUGAAAAAUUCCGUGAACUUCGUGCUUGUAUAAUCUCAAAGAAUUUCACGGAAUUUCGGAAAAUAAUGUGAAAUGUUGGGCAUUCAUUAAGCUUAUGAGCAAAUCUCAUAAGUAUCAACGCUCUACACUAUGCACGGUGUAUGUUAAUUCCGUGCAAAAUGUUUUUCCUUGUCAAAGAACUACAUUAGUACGUAAUUUUCUGUCUAAAAUUAAUUAUAUACUUUUCUGAAGACCAUCUUGUUACGCGGUUGCAGCUUUGUAUCUUCGUCAGAUAUUUGUUUGAUUUAGCAACUUUUGGUUUUGAAUUUUCGAUAUCACCGAACUUUUUAAAUGUCAAUUUUAACAAUCCAUAAAUUUUGCUCAUUUUAACCUCUGUGGUGAUUUGAUCAAUUGUACGAGAGUAGUUCUUAAUGAGAAGCCGAGAUAUUUUGAAUAAAAUAUAUUGGCAAAAUAAUUCUGAAAAUCAUGCGUUUGUUAGAAGUUCAUAGCUUUAAUUUUGAUAGGACUUAUGAAAAAGAAAAUCCAGAGAAUAUGCUCAAGUUUCAAAUUUUUAGUGAAAAAAUUGAAUUCUUCUACCAUGAAGAAUACUUACACUUCAUUUGUGAGUGGACUAGUUAGGAUAUUCCAUUACGGUUUAUUGGUAUACAACUCCUCUCGCUGUCUUUUUGUAACACUUUUGAGGCAAUGCACUUUAAAUAUAAUUAUCGUGAAUGUCCUCAAAUGCUUCCGAAUUACACACGUUAAUGACUGUUUUUUUAUUAUUUAUUUUUAACGAGACAAAACUACCAAUAUCUUUUUGAUCGUAACUUGAUUGGAUUAUUGGUAUAUAUAUUUGGAGAGAUGUACUUCAAUGCCAAUGCAUUUUUAUCUCACGGUAAUUCACAUUUUUUUAAUCGCUAUACUGCUGUAAACUGACCAGAUUAAUUUAUUUUCAAAACACUAGAUAAGUAACAGCCACUCGCCAAUUUGCUUGGCAAUCGUAGAUUUAUCUACGUUUUCAUCAAUGUUUUUAUUUCAUUAUUCGAUUUAAGUAUUAUUAAUUUGUUUCUUUCAACCUGUCCACACGACGUAUACUUUUAAUGAAAUGGAUAGCUGAGGUUCCUGAAUUCUAGAGUCUUGUCUAUUUUUCAUGACCACUUACCAAUUAGUUUAUUUUUAAGAUUUUACAUAAAUUUUUCAUACUCGUGUGCCUAAAUUGAACCAACCCAAUCCUAGGAGUGAAUUAAUCAUGCUGGAACAUCAACAAAAAAUAAACGAGCCAGCUUAUGAUGUUUUCGCCAGUACCAUUUAGAUUUAAAAGUUAGUGUGGUGGUUAAGUAAGAACCAUAAAGUACCUUUUGGGAUAGCGUAUACUUUACCAUUUUUAUUCCUAAAUAAAGUUCAAUCUUUUAAAUAAAGUUACCUCCGGUUAUUUUAUAUCUUCAGCUCUAUAUCCACAGUUUUUUGUUUUUCCCCCAUAUAAUUUCUUAUCUAAUCGUAGAAUUUUACCAGUCUUGAACGACAGCUGUCUUACCACGUUACCGUUAAGUUACCAUUUUCAUAAGUUUUUCACUUAUUAAUAUAAGUACCUUGGAAACAAAGUCAGGGUAGGCUCAGUGCAGUUAAUGGAUAAUUAUGAUCAAACUAGUGUCGGAAAAAGAAUAUCGACGAGAGAACCGAGGAUUUGAUCGAUGAUAUUCGGGUUCUAUCCAAAAAAUUCGGACUCUUCAAAAAUUUUAUGUUUAAGAUGAAAUCUGAAAAAUAAAAUAAGCGAAAAUAUGUCGCAUUAAGAUAAAUUAAAAACGUGUUUUCAUGAAUAUUCUGAGAUCCAUGACUGUUUUUGAAUGAUAUAUAUUAUCAUAUAUACUCGUAUUUAUGGAAAAAAAAAAACUUUUACUUCUAUACGAUAUGGGUCGUACCUACUUAAAUAUGUACUGUAAGUUCACUUUACCGCUUUGUUUUAUUUUGUAAUUUAAUGAACCUCGUAAUUUUGUUAUUUAUUCAUUGUGAUAGGCAACGGAACAUAUCAACUAUUAGAAUAUCGAACAAACGGUUUUUAUUUAUUUAUUUUUUAAAUGUUAAAUAAAAAUUAAAAAAGGUAUAAGGCUCCAAAAACCAAUAUAUAUUAAUUUUACUUAUUAAUUUAUUACCUCUAUAAAAUUGAAAAAAUUAUCUUCAAUAUGACUAUCUCAAGUUGGUCGAUAAUUUAUUAUUUCACGAAAGUGCAAUUCAUGUAUGUGUAUUUAACUGAUAAGUGUAGAUUCCGGUCAAGUUUAUAAGCAAAUGUGAACCAUUACACAUGUAAUAUAUUUGUGAAAAAUCAUUCGUUUAAUAAAGAUCAUUUAUAUUUA